UUCCAGAAAGGAAAAGUACAUCCAGCUGAGUCCCAAAGAGCCCAAGAGAUCACAAGGAGCCUCUCCCAGAUGAUUGUGAAAGACUUGCAACCAGUUUCAAUGGUUGAGGAUCAAGGUUUCCGUCAUUUUAUGAAAGUAGUGGAUCCCCGUUACCAGAUCCCAAGUCGGAAAUCCCUGAUGACAGGUGAAAUUCCCAAACUAUAUGAACAAGUUAAAAAAACAUUGAAAGACUCCAUACAAUCAGCAGGCAGCCUGGUUUUAACAAGUGAUAUGUGGACUGCAAGAACCACUGAAGCUUAUUUGACUGUGACAGGACACUUUAUUGAUAAGGACUGGCAGAUGCAGUCCUGCAAUCUUGCAACAUACCAUGUAGCUGUACAGCAUACAGCAGACAAUAUUUGUGAACUCCUCACAAAAAUAACUGAUGAGUGGAGCAUCAGCUGCAAGAUCCACGCUGUCGUUACAGACAAUGGAGCAAAUAUGGUUUCAGCUGUGCGGAAAACUUGCUGGAAACACAUUCCGUGCUUUUCACACACACUCAACCUCAUUGUGAAGGACUCUAUUAAGGCUGACACAAGUCUCGAGUCCAUCUUGGAGAAAUGUGGUGCUAUUGUUCGGUUCUUCCAUCACAGCACCAAAGCAACUGACAAACUAAAAGAGGUACAAAGUCAGUUGCGAUUCCCACAGCACAGACUAAUCCAAGCAGUGGAUACGCGAUGGAAUUCAGUAUUGUACAUGCUAGAACGACUGCAUGAACAGCAACAAGCUGUCACAACAGCACUUUGUCUUCUUGGGAGAACCACCCUGUGCCUGAAUGAGGGAGAAUGGUCCCACAUUAGCCAAGCCAUUGAAGCCCUUAGGCCUUUUGAAGAGGCCACUAAGGAGGUUUCAGCAGAGCACUACGUAACCAUUUCCAAAGUCAUUCCUCUGGUUUCUCUUCUCCAACGAGCAACCUCAUCUGCUGGGCAGAGGGGUAACUCUCUGGCUUCACAGCUUUCAGCACAAUGCAGGCGGCGCUUUCAAAACAUUGAGCACAACCACACUCUUGCAGCCAGCACUUUUUUGGACAUUCGAUUCAAAAACAUUGUCUUCUGUGAUACUGGAAAUGUGGAAAUGAUCAAAUCGAGGAUAAUCAGUGAGAUGCAAGCCCUGGGCAGCUGUGAGUGUCAGGCAACCAGCAGUGAAGCCUCUGCUACAGCAUCAACCAACUCCAUGACAGCAACCAUGUCAUUGACACAAGGGUCACCUGCUGCAAACACUGAAAGUAGUGAUGCAAAGUGUUCAACAUCCAAGGGAGGAUUAUGGCAGGAGUUUGACACUCGUGUUAUGGCUUCUCAGAGCAGUCGCACAGCAAACACAGAUGCAUACACUGAAAUGCGCAGAUACAUGGAAGAAAAAGUGAUACAAAGGAGCGAGGACCCUUUGCUUUGGUGGAAGAAAAAUGAGAAUGCAUUUCCACUGCUGGGCAAAGUAGCAAAAAGAUACCUUGGAACUGUUGCAACCUCUGUUCCAGCAGAGAGGCUGUUUUCCAAGGCAGGAGAGACAAUUAGCCAGAAGCGUAAUUGGCUUAAAGCUGAAAAUGUUAACAUGUUGCUGUUCCUCAACACCAACCUAAAACUUGAGUAAAAUGUAGAGCUAUACCUCCUGAGAGGCAUGAUAGUAUAGGAAAGUGUAUAUUUUUUCCGCUAACUGUGCCAUUACUUAUUAAAUGUGCUUUGCAAAGUGUAAGUUGUUAUUUCAAAUGAUACUUUGCUUUUUCGUGUAAGCUUAAGACAACAAAAUGUUUUUUAAGUCUGUCUCUUGUUUCUGCUCCACUUCAGUGAGAAGGUAUGGAUCACAGUGUUACAGACAUGUUUACUUCAACAUACAAGUUUUCAACACAGCAUUGUUAUGAUGUAAUAAAUUUGUUGGUAGUUUUCACCUACCUCACAUAUAAGUAAUUGUUACAGACCUGGUGUUUGGAUUUGUGCCAGUGGUCAAAAGGCCAAUUUGGUGCUUUAAUAAUCAAAGUGAAGUAACUUAUAUGUUAAGGUCUCUCUGUAUAGGACGCCCUCUUUUGUUCUUAAUAAAUGUGUUUAAAAGGCCAGUCAUAUAUGUCAUUUUUCAUGUGAUUUGCCUGUAAGUGUAAUUACAUUUUGACUUUAAAAAAUAACCAAUAAGAAAUGAUCAGUAUCGGUAUCGAUGAAAUUGAAAGAAAAAGUAUCAGUAUCGUAUCAAAUCUGAAAAGAGUGGUAUCGCCCAUCCCUAGUGCUGCGGUGCUCGGCUGCACAGAUAGGAAACCCCUCGGCUGACAGGAUGUAUCACUCUGUCACUCUGCGCUACUUUGUUGAUCUCAUGCAUUCAACGGACUUCCGGUUUCCCUUUUUGCGUUAUUUCCUUUCACGCAGGCGCAGAACGUACGUGCUACUUGGCCGUCGGAUGUUUUUUCCCCACAACUUUAUUUAAGAUAGGAAGUUUACAGAAUGCAGAUCUUCAACAUUACACAUAUAUGUCAUGUAUCACAUAUGCCAGAGGGGAUAAGAGUAAGAAAAUAUUAAAAAUAUAAAAUGUUUUCUAUGUGUAAACUUACAUUUGUGAAUGUGAAAUCUUGCCAAAAUUAAGAUGAGAUUAAUAAUAAAUCUUUCAAUGGGUGUUGCCAUAUUUCUUUUAAAGUCAAAAAGUCCAAACAGUACAUCCCUCCAAAACAGCUUAAAUUAUUUUUUAAUAUUGUUCGCAAUAAAAUUACAAAUAUCACUCCAGAGUCUUUUGACAAUGGGGCAGUGCCAAAAUAAAUGAGUAACAGUUUCAAGCAUUGGGUGUAGUCUUUGUAGUGUGUUCAAAUGCAACUGACGUGAGGCGACGUAGACGAUGCAACAGUUGGCUUUCGUUGCCACUAGUUCUUUGAUGUCGGUUUGGUGUGUCAGCACCUUGUA